AGACGAUGCCAGACUUUCCAAAAGAGCAUGAACCGACUGUGCUCUCAAGUCAGAUCCCAAGCGAAGACUUUCUUGUCCGCUUCGCAGAAGGCGACUCCGACGACCCGCGGCAAUGGAAUCGAAGAACGAAAUGGGCUGCCACACUUACCUUGUCGGCUCAGGGAUUCAAUCGCAUUAUGAUCUCAACCAUCAUGGCUCCAGGCAUACCGGCCAUCGCGACUGACCUCAGCAUGACCACCCUCGACGCAACGAUGGCACUAUCCGCCUACGUAUUGGCAACCGCCUUUGGCCCUCUGGUGAUCGGCCCAUUGAGCGAGGUGUAUGGCAGGAAGAAUGUGAUCCAUAUCACAAACAUCUGGUUCCUCGCGUGGAACCUCGUCUGCGGCUUCGCAAAUUCCAAAGGUCUCUUGAUAGCCUCGCGUCUCCUGGCCGGCUUUGGCGCAAGUGCAGUCUACACUGUGGCGUACGGUGUGCUCGCUGAUAUCUGGCCGAACGAGCAGCGAGGGCGCUCUCUCAGUCUGUAUCUCCUCAUUCCGCUCACUGGAGCAGCCAUCGGUCCAAUCGUCGGCGGCUUCAUCGUCGAGUACACGACCUGGCGCUGGAUGUUCUGGUCUACAACGAUUUUCCAAGCUGUUGCAGAGAUCGUCACUCUGCCGAUUGUGUACGAAACGUAUGCGCCUCUUUUGCUCCAUCGCAAAGCCGAGAAGCUUCGGAAACACACUGGCGACUUGCGAUACCACACGGCUGCCGAGAUGACGAACGAUCAUUCUGUAAUGGGGGUCCUAGCCAUGAGUCUCACUCGUCCGCUGCGACUGCUUAUGUUUCAUCCCAUCAUUCAAAUCCAGGCCGUACUCGGUGGACUUAACUACGGAUUACUGUACUUCGCUCUGGCGUCCUUCUCCCAUUUGUUCGUGAAUCAAUACCACCAGCCAGUCUCCAUCUCCAGCCUCCACUACAUCGCCCUAGCAACUGGCGAGGUAGCAGGCGCCCAAUUCUGCGGCCCUUCGAUGGAUUACUUAUACAAGAUCCUCACUCGCCGCGCUGGAGGACAGUCCUCGCCUGAGUUACGAAUACCGCUACUCAUACCGAGCGCGCUCCGCACGCCGAUGGGGUUCCUGCUGUAUGGCUGGGCGGCUCACUUUCGCCUCCCCUGGAUCGUGGUGGAUAUCGGUGCCGCCAUUCUGACAAUGGGAAUGCAAGUCUUUACAACUGUGCUCAGAGCUUAUGUCAUGGACUCAUAUCCUGAGCAUGUCAGCUCGGCAUCGGCGGCGACCCAGUUUCUCAGCAGCAUGCUCGCGUUUGCGUUUCCGUUGUUCGCGGACAGUAUGUACGCAGCGCUAGGGUAUGGAUGGGGCAACUCCUUGCUUGCGUUCUUGUCGUUGGGUAUAUCGGUACCUUCAUCGCUGAUUUUAUGGAACUUUGGGGCCAGACUAAGGGCGAAGAAUGAUUCCAGCAAUUGAGCUUUUGCUAAGAUGGCGAAAGGAAAAGACGUCCGCGACUACAUGCAUGGUGUGAUUCAUACCUGGCCAAAUGCAGUCUACACUGCAGGAUCACAGCGGCAUCUGGCGGAAGUUGGUCGAGACCAUAUAUCUCCGGUACGCCUGUCGGAGUGAAGUUUGGGCGCCACUGAUCCCUGGAGUUCCAUGUGCUGCUGGUCGGGCUGAUUUGCAUGUGCUGUCACUCGUUCCACGUCGUAGACCCA